AUGCCAACAAUUGUCAGACCACCACCACACCUUGUCGGGGUGAACACAGACGUUAUCGCGACCUCAGCGGCCGACGUACUUAGAUACGUCCCAGGCUAUGGCCCUCCCAGAUAUGAUAUCCUACGAACUUCGUUUGAUUCCUUGGACGGGAGUCCGGGUGUUGUCCCGCGAGGCCACGGCUUCUCCAACACGAUUAUCCGUGCCUUUCAGCAAGACCUACACCUGACCCUGCGACCGGACGACGUAUGGCUGGCCAUUGUUGUACAACUAAGUUUUUUCGUCAACGGGACAGGGCGCCCCGAGGCGCUUCGCAACAAGUUUGUGGAGCACAAAGGUCGCAAGCAUAUUGUGGUAGACGCCAGGCCCGCACACAUAGCCACAGUCGACAUCGGCGUCAUCUUGACUCAACUGGUUCAGCUCGUCAAGAGCAGCAUCAAAGAUCCUGUCGCAACAAAACUGCUUCUUGAUUUUAGCACGACGACCGAGAAUGACCGGGCCACCGCAGCGAUUGCUUUCUUGGGGACUAUGCAGAAUUAUUUCAGCUACGAGAUCCGGGUCGGGUGCGGCUUCCCCUCGGUCACGCCGCUAGGCGAUCGGGAGGAUUGGGCCAAGAUGUUGGAUAGCAUUCAACUUUUGGCGUCGCUCAGUGAUGAAACGGUUGAAUGGGCCGCCUGUCUGUCCAAAGUUCUGGAGUACAUGGUGGCCAGCUUCGAUCGGCCUGAAGAUGCAGAUGUGAAGAGCUUCUGGAUGCGCGCGGUCCAUGAAUCCGGUGGUAACGGCUCUGGGACAUUGGUCAAGUUGAUCGGGUGGAUCACUGCAUUUUCAUGGUGGGAUGCUUCCGGUGACCGCCAGAAAACUUUCAACAGCCAAAGCGCAGGGGGAAGCCGGUUAGCGCUAGAUGGAGUCAAAUUCCCUGUCAUCAGUGCUGAACACAUUCCGGCGUCCGUCACAACACGUCCGGUAGUUGUGCUUGACGAUACUAGGGGAUCAGAACAAGGCGGUUGGAAGAUCGAAGCCGAGUUUGUGGCCGGGAUCCCAGGCUUUCAAGUCCAAGAUGCCUCGGGGACGGCGGUGCGACCCAUCUCAGGCUGGUGGCUAAUAGAGCGUCAUCGCCGUCGACAGCUCACUCAAAAGUAG